GUGAGCAGGGCGGCUAUAAAACCAGCCGCAAGCUCCUCGUCAACAAGCAGCAAGCAUCCCCCAGUAAACGUCCACCGGUCUCCGCUAAUCCGCCGCAGCGUCAGACUUCCCCUCCACCUCCGGACGUCCAGGCCGGGCCGGCUUCCUCGCCACGCCCCCGUCUCGCAAGCCGCCUCUUCAGCUCGUUGGUUUCGCGAAUCCUCUUCAACGCAAUUGCAGGCGAUAAGAUUCUGACCUACAAGUUCCGAUGACAAUAUGCAGCAGUGAUGAGAUCAUUGAUGAGUUUGAGUUGCUAACGCGUGAUGCUGGGCGCGUGCAGCAGGAUACGCUGAGAAAGAUUCUUGAACUUAAUGCUGAUUCUGAAUAUCUGAAUCGCUUCAAUCUUGAAAGGAGAACAGAUUCCAAGAGCUUCAAAUCCUGCAUUCCCCUAUGUGUGCAUAGUGACAUAGAGUCCUACAUCCAACGGAUAGCUGAUGGAGACAACACACUGGUGCUAACUGGGAAGCCCAUCACUUCUCUCUCCGUAAGUUCUGGUACAACACAGGGAAAACCCAAGUUGUUGCCAUUCAAUGACGAAUUGCUUGAGAGUACAAUUCAAAUAUUCCGAACCUCAUAUGCUUUUAGAAACCGUGAAUAUCCUAUUGGUAAUGGAAAAUCGUUGCAGUUUGUUUAUGGGAGCAAGCAAGUCUUUACCCAAGGGGGCAUUCUUGCUACAACUGCGACGACAAAUCUGUACAGGAGUUCGCGUUUCAAGGAAGCCAUGAAGGAUAUCAUGUCUCAAUGCUGCAGUCCUGAUGAAGUCAUCUUUGGUCCCGACUUCCAUCAGUCUUUAUACUGCCAUCUAUUAUGUGGAUUGAUCUAUUCAGAUGAAGUUCAGUUUGUUUUCUCACCAUUUGCACACAGCCUUGUCCAUGCAUUUCAUACCCUCGAGGAGGUAUGGGAAGAUCUAUGUGCUGAUAUAAGAAAUGGUGUUCUCUCAAAGCGAAUUACCACACCAUCUAUCCGUCAAGCUGUUUCGAAAAUCUUGAGGCCAAAUCCUGAGCUUGCUAGCUCGAUUUACAAUAAGUGCCGGAAUUUGAGUAGUUGGUAUGGGGUAAUCCCAGCACUGUGGCCAAAUGCGAAGUACAUCUAUGGCAUCAUGACAGGGUCCAUGGAGCCAUACCUAAAGAAAUUGAGAUAUUAUGCUGGACACUUACCACUGAUGAGUGCUGACUACGGUGCAUCUGAAGGAUGGGUUGGCUCUAAUGUAAACCCAACCCUGCUGCCUGAGGAGGUGACAUACGCCGUUCUUCCAAAUAUUGCUUAUUUUGAGUUCAUUCCUCUGGAAAAACCGAAAGGGGAAGAAAUGGAGAACAGUUCCUCUAUUCACUACAUAGAGUCAGAGCCUGUAGGCUUAACUGAAGUUGAGGUUGGCAAAAUCUACGAAGUUGUAAUAACCAACUUUGCAGGUCUAUUUCGAUACAGGCUGGGAGAUAUUGUGAAGAUAGCAGGCUUCCACAACUCGACACCAGAGCUCCAGUUCAUCUGCCGCAGAAGCCUAGUGCUGAGCAUCAACAUCGACAAGAACACAGAGAAAGACCUGCAGCUGGCCAUCGAAGAGGCAGAGAAGCUCUUGGCCGAAGAGAAGCUCGAGGUGGUGGACUUCACGAGCCUCGUGGACAGAUCAAGCGACCCAGGGCACUACGUCAUCUUCUUGGAGCUGAGCUCCGGUAACGCCAGCGAGGAGGUCCUGAACAGCUGCGCGAACAGCUUGGACCUGGCCUUUGUGGACGCGGGGUACGUCGGCUCAAGGAAGAUCAAGACCAUCGGCGCCCUCGAGCUCCGGGUCCUCCGGAAGGGCACCUUUGGGCAGGUCAUGAACCACUACCUGAGCCUCGGUGGCGCCGUGAGCCAGUUCAAGACGCCGCGGUUCGUGAGCCAGUCCAACAGCAAGGUGCUGCAGAUACUGAACAGGAACGUCACCCAGAGCUACUUCAGCACUGCAUAUGGGUUCUGAUCGUUGAUAUACACACGUGUACUGAUAGCUGAAAUUCAGUUAUCUCUUUCUUAUUGUCUUGGAUCCUUUGAUCACUUUAUCUGGUCAAUUGAAAGUACUUCAUGGACGAUCCAUCAGUUUGGGGCCUUGGGGUUAGCACAACUGAUAGAUGUAUAUUGUCAGUAGCUCUUAUGUAAAUAUAGCUGUUUGACAGUGUAAUGUAGCUGUGAUGUAUGGCUGCUGCAUUCCUAGCACUGCAUUUAGCAUGCAGCCGUUAUCACUCAAGAAAAUUCAGAAA